ACAGAAUUAUGUAAGUUUGAUUCAUGCGUUUGAUGCAUUGAUGCUAUCAUUUUUAAAGCGUUUUUUAAUGGGAUAGGAAAUAUAUUUCUGUUCUUUUACAUGACAGGUUGUUCUGGAUUUCUCUUGGUGUAGUGUUUUAGAAGUCCCUGCCGUUUUCAGUUCACGAAAAUGCCGUUUUCAAGGGAUUCCUAUAGUCGUUUGGAGUCACCUAUUAAAUAUGGCUGUGAUGAAACGGACGCGCUCUGUGGUUUACAACAAACAAACCAAACCGACGGAGAAGAUGACGAUCUUGUUGGUUACUCUUUAGACUUUGCUGAACCUAAGCACAGUUUCGUUGGUCACGUCAAGCAAAGCUGUAGGAACGUAGGACGAAAGUUUAUGAGUGGACUUCACUUUGUUUUGAAAGUUGCAUUUGGGAAAUGGCCGAUUGCGCUCAUUAUCUUAAUUUCCUAUAUCGGGUUAACCGUCGGCCUGAUUGUUGUAGCUUUAACGGGGAGAUAUCGUGAGUUUCGUAAAGAUAUAUCCCUUGAUUCGUUUAUGGUACCAGAUAUUAAGGUUUCAAGUGAUUUCGCGGCUUUCAACGCAGCUAAAAAGCAGGGAAAGUCAAAUUCUCCAUAUUCUUUUCAAAUGUUUUUGAAUAUAGGUACAUGCACUGGGAAUAAAAUAAACCCUCAGCCAAGAAAGAUCCCUGGGCGAUUGAAAAGAAGUGUUGAGGGUACAAACUUUCAAGGUAAACUUUCGUGGACUCUUGAUCUCGUGUAUGUUUCGAAGGGGGGCGAUAAUAUUUUCACAAAGAAACGCUUACGAGAGAUCCAUGACAUUGAAAACUCGCUUAUGAAACACAAAAACUAUGACAAACAUUGCUAUAUUUCACCACAAAUAUUUAUGAAGGAUGAAGCAUUAAAGAAAUAUGGCAAUUGUACGCCUCCAAAUUCAAUGACAAAUUACUUUUAUUCGCGUGGAAAAAUUUAUGACGGCCAAAACGAAGAACUGUCAAGACCCAUCAACGAGACACUCCAGUUUUUAAAAAGUAAAGAGUAUUUCUUUUCGUAUGUCUCGGAUGAUUUCAGCAAGAAAGAUAGCAGUAAUAUUCUGAGAGCACAAAUUCUCUUUGGGAGGCCAGUACAGGGGGUACCGUUUCAAACCUCCGCACAGAAAGAGGAAUUUAAACGCUUUGUAACAACAUAUGUAGAUGCUUUGGAUGAGCUCAAUAACAACAAGUAUGUAUAAUUCUCAUUAAAUAUAAAUUAAGUUCAUUCCCAGUGUUAAUAUUUUCGUUUAGGUUAUUUGUCUUAUUCGGUAACAACUUAAUAUCUUUGGUGUUUAGGGUGGUUUAUUACUUCUAUUGUGGCAACAAUGCACUCACAAUAGUGAGACUCUUUGUUAUCUGAUACAGUGUCUCAAAUUUUAUGUAUUAAUGUUGAAAGAAUAUUUACUGAGUUACUGAAACUUGAUAUAUAUUGCUGACAGCAAUAAAAAUAUAUUAAAGAUAGCAUAAUCUGAUCAAUACAUUGUAUAUAAAAAGUCGUUUGGGGAUAUUUUGAAAAAAUUCCUUUUUCAACCAAGAAUUCUUUAAUUUGAUAGUGCCAAUUUUAAACUCUCCUAAUUAAUGCAAAUAUCUUUGUGAAAUGACAUAUUGCACAUUUGUUGUAUAAUGAGGCCCCCCUUACGGUAAAUUCCAACUGGAAAGCUGCAUUGAAACGGCAGAAUGUAGAAAAUAAAAAUGAUGGCAACAUUUGACACAAAUUCUGUCUAAAUUGUAGAGGGUCUCCCAAGUCUGUGUUCCUGGUUUCCAUUCGAAAUUUUCCCUUUUAUUUCUUUUUAUUUAUUUAACUUUGCCUUGACAAAAAAUGUACACAAAACAAGUACAACAAUUCAUAUACAUGAGACAUAACAAGAGGCGGGACACCACAACAGUUUACACCAUUUACUGUGGGCCCUUUGUUCCCUUCUCCCCCACAAACCCCCAGUUUACAUGCUUUCUUGUUUCAUGCUAUGUUUUGACUUUGUUCCUGUGUUCCCAUUUAACUAAGAUGCAUUUAAGAUUAAUGGAAACAGAGGUAGUCUAAUCAACUCGCAAAUACUUCAUACUUGACAAGUAACACAUCCAGACAUUCCAACUACUGGAUGUAAAAUUUAGGGAGACUGUUCAAUGAAUUGAAAUCUAGUUCUUCUGAGAAAAAAUGAUAAAAAUUAAGUCUUCUGAAAUGGCAUUUCCUGCAUUUUGGGAGUAUGUUGUUAUAAGUGAUCCUAUAAAUUGCCAUAAAGUAACUUCAUAGAAAGGUCAAGACAGACUAUUAUGGUGCUAAAAACAGUAUAUUUAUGAUUUUUUUACGAUAUUUCCUAUUUCCUGAAUAUUCUGAAAAAUGGGGAGAAUUUCAUAAAAAUCGGGAGACCAGGAGAUUGCAUGAAUUUUCGGGAGACUCUCGGUAAAAUCGGGAGAGUUGGAAUGUCUGCACAUCAUUUCAGUGCAAAACGAAAAUAUCAAUUAAACUGCAAAAAUACUCUAUAUUUGGAAACUAUUAAGCUCAAUUGGGAAGCAAAAUAAGACUUCAUUUGGUUAAUACUUUUUUGGUCACAAUAUUUUCUACUAACAAUUGAAAUGUAUUUUCUUGCAGCCAAGUCUCCAUUCUCUAUGGUGGUGGUGAUUUAUUUGAUUAUCUUGUCGACAAUGCAUUGUCAUCUGACAUUCGCCUUGCGGCCAUCAGCCUUGGUUUAGUAAUCCUGCUUUUAAUCAUCUUAACAUUCUCGUGGUGGCUAUCAUUAAUGGCAGUUAUUACCAUCAUGUGUAGUGUGGCGAAGGCCUAUUUCUUCUACCGUGUCGUCUUUGGUAUCCAAUACAUGGGAAUCUUGAAUGGUGUAUCUUUAUUUGUAAUAAUUGGCAUUGGCGUUGAUGAUAUUUUUGUUUUUAUCAAUACUUUCCGACAAGCUGUUGAUAACAAGGACCUGGGAAGUAGGAUUUGUCACACAAUUUACGUGGCUGGAAAGGCAACGUUUUUCACGUCGUUCACAACUGCUGCUGCUUUUGGUGCCAAUGCGUUAUCCCCUGUAUGUUGUUCCAAUCUUUAUUUAUGUCUUUAUUCUGUCUGCACUGUCGCCCAAACAAUACAAAAAGUGCGAGCUUGUGUUAGGUUGGGAAAUCACACUACAGGGCAAACCAGGGGUUGAAAUGCCCAAUUUGGACCAAACUUUUUAUCUGGUGAUCAGAUAUUUGCCAAAGGUAGCCCUCGUGGUGAUUUAGAAAAAAUUCUAAAGCCUUAAAAUAUCUCAGUGAUCAAGCAUUUCAUCCUACUUUUGCAUAUAAUUUGGCAACAUAUUAAACUGCUUGUGUUUAUGUUAUUUAUAUACAAAGAGAACAUUUCAUAACACAUUGAUUUAGGGCGACCUGAUAUUAAAUUUGGUGACCAGAUCUUAUUCACUUGUAGUGGCUUGGGUGACUAGAAAAUUCUUAAAAUUUUGAUCCCUGGGGCAACCCCUGAGGCAACCCCUGAGGCAACCCCUGAGGCAACCCCUGGGGCAACCCCUGAGGCACUUAGUUGAAAGCACUCUUCACAACAAAAAUGAAGUGAAAUUAUGAUUGCGACAAAUCUGCAUUUUUCAAAUAUGUCUUGUAAUUGAGGUUGUUGUGUUUGCUUCUCAGAAUAUUUAACAAUUAUUCGCCGAAGGCGAGGUGAUUAUUGGGGAAUAUUCACCGAGACGAAGUUGAGGUGAAUAUUCCCUGAUAAUUAGAGGACACAUAUUGAUAACAGUAGAUUACUGAAAUGUUUAUCCUCUGUAAAGAUUUUGAAAUACAAAAUACACCGAGCCUGAGGCAAAUAAUUGUUUUAGUAUUUUUACACAAGUUUUUUUGUGUUUUUAGGGACUGAAUUUAUUUUAAUUUCGCUUAUUUCUUUAUCAGUAAACUCCCACAAAAUGGCUAGCUGCCAUUUUGUAAAUUUCGGUUUUGUUAUAUUCACCUGUAGGUGAAUAUAACAGCUUAAUACAUCAAAUUUGACCAGUCAACUUGUAGGAUUUGUUAUGUUCACUUGUGCAAAAAUACUAAAAUCCCAUUAUCAUUUUUGUGUAGAUUCCAGCCAUUCAUGAUUUUGGUCUAUUCAUGUCUAUCCUUGUCUCUAGUUGUUGGGUUAGUGUUCUCUUUAUCAUGCCUCCCAGCCUCACCCUGUGGCAUGCAGGUAUUGAAAAGUUGGAGUCAGCUAUGUGUAAUCGAGUAUUGUCAGCCAUUGGUUUUCGAAGGAGUGAAAGUUUGAGAUUGCCCAGUGAGUAUCCUUUGAUAUCCAACCACGUACCCAACCAGUAUUCUAGCUCUAGCAGUGGCACAACAACUGCUCAUGCUUUCAAUUAUUCAAACCUUUAGAAAUGUAUUGUUUUGAGCUUAUCUAAGUGUAUCUACUGUAAGUGUAAGUUUAUUAGCAUGGCAGGACCAGUGUCAUGCUUUACCACUGCUACUGUAGCUAGUGUAUAUGUAUGUUGCUGUAUGUUUAUAAUAUGUUUAUAAUAUCAAUAUGUUUAUAAUAUGUAUGGUCAAAGGAGACAUGAAUAUAUAGGCAUAUCAGUUUGAUGCAUUGUAUGUUUAAUUUUGUUCUACUUAUGUAUAUAGUGAUCAAUUUCAUGUCAUAUAUUUAAUUAUAGAUGACAUUCGAAGAUUCCUCUCUGGAAUUAGAAACAACGAAUGUCAUGAAUCUGAGCAUGAGGCGAUACCAUUGGUUAGUAAUAAUAACGAUGAUGUUGAUGAUGAUGAUGAUGACGAUGAACCAUUACUGCUUCUUGAUAAUGAAUCUACAUCCAAUCAAGAUAUCCAAGCUACAGAUUCAAUUGGGUUCCGACUUCAGAGUAUUUUGUAUCAUUUCGUUGCUGAACCUGUUAUCAAGGGUCGAGUUGUCAUUUUUAUGGUAUACCUUGUUAUCCUUAUUGGCUCUGCAUUCCUGGUGACUAAACUACAGGUAUUUUAUGUUUUCUCAAAAGUUUGGUUUUGGGGUAUGUGUUAUGUUUGUCCAUAACCAAGAUAGUUAAAACGUAUUGAAGAGUCUAAUACGAAGGUUUGUGGAGCCACAAGUCACAUUGAUCAAGUAGUGCUUGGAUCGGGAUGAAAAUUGAACAAGAAAUUCACAAAGCUAUUUCUUGCCUUUCCAGGCUGAGUAAAAUGAACUGAAUGUAUAAUAAAUGAAUACUAAUACAUAGUAAUACUGAAUGUUUGUUUUAUUUUGGGUAUGUAAAAAAACUCAAAUAAUUUUGUAUUUUCAGGUGUCAACAGAGCAACCGAAGUUCUUCAAAGCUGACAGUAACUUACAAAGAUGGCUUGAACUUCCUGAUGUCAGUUUGAAGAUGUCUGGGGACAUGUUAAAAGAUCUAACAGACAUACCAAAGCAACAGCUUCCUAAGAUACCUUCUCGUACACCUCCAAUUACAACACGUCCAAAACACACCCAACCACGAACAAAAACGAGAAAAGUUAGGACCCCUGUUCCGCAAAGGCCUACCAUCAAACCACCAACAACAAGGUAACCAUAAGCUGUUAGAAAAACACACGGUCAACUAGGGGUGCACCGGAUUUGGAAUUUUCAAAUCUGGCCGGAACCGGAUUUACCGGAUUUGGACAAAAAUUCCGGCCGGAUUUGAGAUAAAACUGGUAAUGGGGACAAUUGGGGAUAAAUUGGGAUAAUUCAGUAUUCAAAAUUGCGGUUUAUGUUUUUUACUAUUUUUAGUUAGUGUCAGUUUAGAUUUUUGAUUGUGUUUAAACCUUUUUUAAAUAUCUUUUUGUUAAUAACUUAAUAUUUUAUAGUAGCAUAAGUGUUUUUUAAACUUUAAAGCUACCAAAUUGAUGGUUUAUCCCAUUCUUGGUGAAUUUUUUAAUGUGAAAACAGAAAUUUAAAUCCGGCCGGAUUUUCUCUAAAUCCGGCCGGAUGCCGGAAAAUUUGUUAAAUCCGGCCGGAAUUCCGGCCAGAUUUGAAAUCCGGUGCACCCCUACGGUCAACUGACAUUUUCAAAAAACCUAUGAAAAAACUCAUUCUGAAAUCAUCUAUAGAAAUUCUACAUAUUUGAAUUAAAACAAGACGACAGACUUUAAAUCUUCCACUUUGUUGUCAUGCCUCGUGGCUUGCGUUUUAGUUCAAGUACGUUCAAGGCUUGAAAUGCUGUCAUGGUUUGCGUUUGAACUACAUUAAGAAAGAUUAAAAUAAAAAUAUAUUGAGCUCAAUCACUGUGACUGUGCACAUAUUAACAUUCAGACAAGGGGGAUAAGAAUAAGUACAUUACACCAACACAGCAGAUUUCAUGAUUAUUAGAUUGCACUGAUAUCGAAGGAACUAGACUCUGUUCCGAAAUAUCGCAUACUCGAACCGACCUGACCGCGUAGCGCAGUUGGAAGAGCAUUGGGCUAGUAUUCCAAAGGCGGUAGGGUCGAAUCCCGCCGUGGCCAGGCAUAUUUUUCAAGCCUGCCCGGUGUGGAUAUACACUCAGAGUAACAUCACAGAAACAUCUUAUUCACCUGAGUACAUUACACCAACACAGCAGAUUACAAUGACUUCUGUUUAGUUUCCAAACUAUCAUAUCUUGAUAGACUAUGGUCUGAGCCAAGGCUUAUUGUGAAACCUUUCCACUGUUUACAUUGCCAUAAGGCUUGGCUUAGAUCAACGCCUAGACAAAAGAUGGCAGAGCAUGGGCCCAGAUUUUCUGGCCUAGGUUAAGAGUAAACAAACGUUGGUCUAUUCCAAAGCAAGGCUCAGGCCAGUAGUUAAUAGACUGCUUAAAACAAACGUAUUCUAUUAUCUCACUGUUUAGAUUCAAAUCUACAGAACCAAAAACGCCCAAACUGCCGUCAACUCGCGAUCCUACAGUGACGACAAAGAAGGCAGUGGUAACUAAUGCGUUAACCACGCCAGAAGAAGAAACAACAUUUCCAUCUGUUGCGCCAACAGAAUAUAUAGAACCUACUCACACCUCCAAAACUACAAACAAACCUAGAUGGGUAACUACUUCUGCAAAUAACAGUUCAACAUCUAGUAAGUUAUUUUAAUUCAUGGUUUUGUCUUGAUAGCAUAGUCAAAACCCUAUUAGGCAAACAUCUUCAUUUGGAACCUUGCAAAUGUGUAAGAGUUGUAUGUUUGUGUGAUAAUAUAUGUAACGUGGGCUUCUGGUUGAGAGACUACAAGAUCAAACUAUACCUGGGGUUGCUUUUACGAAGACUGGACAGCGCUAUUCAUCAGAUAGUGAUUUUCCUAGCGUUGUAAAAAUACUUGAUAAGCUGUGAAACUAUGGAUCAGGUGAUUGAGAAUACCCGAUGCUAUCUGGCCUUCAUACAACCAAGCUCUAAAGAGAAUUUCGAGCUUUCAGACUCCUUUGUCUGCAAAUCACAUGAUUAAAAUGCUUUUACUCUUUGUGCAGGUUGUCCACAUCAUUGUAUUAAAGGUAGAUGCAACACCACGACACACAAAUGUGACUGCCAUCUCUCUUACACCGGCGAAACUUGUUCAAGUAAGAUUUUUAAACAUUGAAAUAAUUGUACGUGCAUAAUUUUUUUGUUGAAACUGAUCUAAACGAUAUUCUUUUAUUUGCAUAUAUGCGCAUGGCGAAUUGUGAACAGUCGGAUUCUAAUCCCAUUUUUCCAACCAAAACCUUUUAGGGGCACACCAUUAGAAAAUGAACAGGCGGGGUGGGGGGAUUUUCAGUUUGCACGAAUUUUUUUGCGGAAUUUUAAAGAUAUUUUUCUUUACUUUCUCUUCGCAGGAUUUUUUCUUUUUUCCUUUCCUAAAGAACUAUUCGAAUCAUUAGUCGAGUGUUAGUAGAAGGAGAAGCAAAGCACUCUUCUCGCAUGCGACUGAGGCUAUGAUCCGAUAACUAAGUUGAAAUUCUUCAGUCUUUGAAAUUUUCUCUCUGCAGUAUACUGUCCAGUGAAAACGAUGACUGGAGAAUGUUGUUAUAUACCGUUUAAACACGAAAGAAAAUGGCGAUAUGGUUGUUUGAUUGACACAGCCACAGGAAAACCUUGGUGUUCGUUAACACCAUAUAACAAGGAUGGUGUCAAGGAAGAGUGUAACAAAACCGUUGCAAGUAAGCUGCCCUCGAUAUCUUAGUAUCUUGAACGAGUGGAAUGCUGUUCCCUUACACGUCCAGUAAGGAUCGUACGUUUUUGUUACUACAGAAGGACUAAACUACAUUUUAGUUACACUGAUAUCUGGGAUUUAGUUUAGUUUAAUUAUACUGAUAUCUGGGAUUUAGUUUAGUUUAAUUAUACUGAUAUCUGGGAUUCGCAUGGUGUAAGAAAGACUAAUUGAACAAAUGCCUGUUUCAGAUCGUUGCGCAGUUCGUACUGAAACCCCAAACAAGACUUGCUGUAGCUUUCCAUUUGUGUACGAUAUGACGGAGUAUUAUACCUGUAUUAAGCCAGUACCUGGUCAGGAGGUAGCUGAUCAGGACGCAAGUUAUUGUGGUAUUCAACCACUUGUCCACUCUCCUCAAGAUCUCGUACGAUGCAUUUUCACCAGCGAUACUAAACCUACCACACCUCCGCUGUGUCGAAAGAAUGAAUGUAAACCUGUCAAAGCACCACCGAAUGAGGCAACAGCUCUCAUAUAUGUCGUCUUUGGAGUGAAAGGAAUCGACAAAACCUCUGUCGAUUUACGACAUGUUUUGAAAGAAACUCAGGUAUUCAAUUAUUCAAUCUUAGGAUGCAGUGAUUCAAUCUUAGGAUUCAGUGAUUCAAUCUUAGGAUUCAGUGAUUCAAUCUUAGGAUUCAGUGAUUCAAUCUUAGGAUUCAGUGAUUCAGUCUUAGGAUUCAGCGAUUCAGUCUUAGGAUGCAGUGAUUCAAUAUUAGGAUUCAGUGAUUCAAUAUUAGGAUUCAGUGAUUCAAUCUUAGAAUUCAGUGAUUCAAUCGUAGGAUUCAGUGAUUCAAUCUUAGGAUUCAGUGAUUCAAUCUUAGGAUUCAGUGAUUCAAUCUUAGGAUUCAGUGAUUCAGUCUUAGGAUUCAGUGAUUCAAUCUUAGGAUUCAGUGAUUCAAUAUUAGGAUUCAGUGUUUCAGUCGUAGGAUUCAAUUAUUCAACUUUAGGAUUCAGUGAUUCAGUCUUAGGAUGCAGUGAUUCAAUAUUAGGAUUCAGUGAUUUAAUCUUAGGAUUCAGUGAUUCAAUCGUAGGAUUCAGUGAUUCAAUCUUAGGAUUCAAUUAUUCAACUUUAGGAUUCAGUGAUUCAAUAUUAGGGAUUCAAUGAUUGAAUGUUAGGAUUCGUGAUUGAAUGUUAGGGAUUCAGUGAUUUAAUCUUAGGAUUCAGUGAUUCAAACUUAGGAUUCAGUGAUUCGAUCGUAGGAUUUAGUGAUUCAAUCUUAGAAAUCAGUGAUUUAAUCUUAGGAUUCAGUGAUUCAAUCUUAGGAUUCAGUGAUUCAAUUGUAGGAUUCAAUCUUAAGCUUGUAGUGAAUCAAUUUGAGGUUUCAAUUGUUUAAGAUUCAAUAAUUCAUUCUUAUUCCACUGCGCCAGCAAUAUCAUCUCUUAAUCUUAGUUUAACUUUUAUGUUCACCGCAGGGCAAGGUAGUUUAUGAUAAAGUCUUUUCAAAAGACGUCAGUUGUGAAACUGAACGUAUGAUCAAUACUGCCUGUAGAAUCUGUAAAACGUUUAGCGAGAAUACGAAGCUUGUUAGACCGGGCGGUGCCGAGUGCUUUCCGGAGAGUGUGCGACGGGCGUUAGACAAGUUUCGCGAUUGCCG